GGCUGUAGUCUGGCGGUAAGGGCGGACCAUCCAGGGUAUAAAUGAAUCCCCAUUUAUUUGACGUUUGGUGCUACCAUCCAAAGAGUAUGUACCAUCAUUCGGUAGAGCUAGGCGAAAACAAACCAAGUUUUCAGCUGGUGGUACAGCACCUUGGAGCAUGAGUACUAGACGUAUGCUUAAGAUAAAUUUUAAGCCAAUCACAGGAUUAGCAGAGUAUUUCAAAACGAGUAACGUCUUUGACCGGUGCGACUCAUGGGCGACAGCAAAGUAACUCGCGGUUCGUUUACACUGUGAUUCAAGUCAUGUUUUUUUUCCUGAAACGGAUUUCCUGAAAAUUGGUUUAUUUACUGAAAGAACAGGUAAACCUUUUGGAUUCGUACCACGCAGUGAUAGAACACCGCAGCGUGGGAAUGAAAUCUUAUUUUCGUAAAUCGAACCACAGAUUUGUCUGAUUGUAAAACACUUCAAGGUGUCUGAAAUCCUUCAUCGAAAUUACGUUGUAAAAUAUUUUCCUGGUUUACUUCAAACUACACUAUGGAUGGUAUGUGCCGCCUCACUGCUCCUCAAUGGACAGUCUUUAGAUCCAAUCCUGAAAUACCAGAUGACUCCUUUGUUGAUGAACACCUAGAGCUAGGAACACCAAUGAAAGAGGUUGUUCCUACAUGCCCUACCACUCCAGGCUCAGUAAAUAAUGAGGAUAAACCAAAUGUGAAUUUCUUGAUUGUUCUAAAAAGUAAUGAUUCCCUCAUCAAGGCAAUGAGAGUAGCACAAAUAACUCCUGUCAAGGUUUUAUCUCAAAUAUCAAAGAAAAACUCUGAAAACAAAGCCGAGGCAGUCUCAGUUUUACUGGAGGGCCAAUCACCCCUAGAUCCAACGGAUCACGAUAACCUAAUGUCAGGAAAUAACAAAAUGCAAUGUGCUGUUGGAAUCGAUAUUUCAUCUGCACCAUCAGCAGAGUGGGCAGAUAUUAACACCCACUCUAGUAUAGCAACUUCUACUAUUGAGGCACAGCCAAAAUCAUCAUCUUCAUCUUCGGUGUCAACCAAAGCUUCAGCUAAGAGUGUACAAAUGGUUUCAAAUGUAUUUCAACGAUUGAGCGGCCAUGGCAGAGCUCAACAGGCAAGAGUUCCAACUUUCCAACGUUGUUGGCAAAGUUUGAAACAAUAUCACAGAAGGUCUAAUAAGCUUGUGAGUAUGGCGGAAGAGAUUUCCAAGUUCCAAAGUGGUAAUCCUGAGCGGUUCAGAUCAGUCAGUCUCAAGGAUCCGAAGCCAGAACCUUUACAAAAAUUGAAAAUAGAAGAAAUGAAGAAAAAUUCUCUAAGAUAUCUUGCUAGAGCUAAUUCUUCGAAAGGACUAUCACAGAAUUCAGCAUCCAAGAUUAUUGAGAAGGUACCAGAAAAACUUCCGAACUUUUCGCAAUUGCUAAAGAUGAAAACUUCAAAUGUUUCAACCACGAAAAGUAAAUCAAAUCAUAAAGCUAGACUGAAGGUAACUGUACCGCCAGUAGUUUCUACCAAGGAAAGUUUAGCACUUGAAGAUGCUGAGAUUUCUCACCUUGGUCUGACGGAUAUCACAACCACUAAACAAAACGUAACUAAAAUAACGCACUUGAGUUUUGAAAUGCGGAACAAGGAACUACAGAAGAGAAGAGAACAAAAGAUUCAACAGCUGCUGGCAGAGGAAGAACAGAAGACAAGAGUUACCUUCCAUGCAAGGCCAGUCCCAAAUUUCAAAAAGCCCAUGCUAACAGGUUCUAGUCAAUCAGUUAUUUCAAAGCAUAAUUGUAAGACAAAACCCAAUUCAUUUAGCUUUUAAGAAAGAGAUAAAAAUCUAAUAAAGAAAAAGGGAAACUCUAUUUAAAAAGUAAUCGAGUAAUUAACAGCUACAAGAUUCUCGGUAAAACCAGUGCCAAAAUUUAAACCAGUUUUAGUCCAUGGAAUCUCAAAAUAGAAUUAGAAUGUUGGAUAUAAGCCACAGAAAGGGCGCAUUUUUAUGUUAUCUAUAGCUUGAAAUGUCUCGAAACACUGUUUUUUUGCCGAAAAUAAUACAGCUGAUCAAGAAAAUCAAAAUUCUUCAAGAAAACACCUGCAUUGCACUUCCAGAACAAGAAGUCUUAGCCAAAUAACAAUAGAAGUCAGCUCCAUGGAAAGGGCUCUACAAAAGUGUUGGGAGAAUUUUAUCUGAAUACAGACACACGGGCAAAAGAUGCAAGGAAUACACACAAGUAUAUUAAAUUAUUCGUAAGACUGAAUAUUGUUGAACUAUAUUGAGUUAUAUACAUUGUUGAAUAACUAUUAAUUUUCAAAAUAUUUUAUAAUUUAACCAUAGCAUGAAAGUGAUACGUAGCAUUAAUAUUUUACUGAAGAAGCAUGUAUAAAUUAUGAUGAUUGAUCUAAUAGGAAUACUGAUAAAUCCAUAUUUACAAAAAUGUGUGUUUGUUCAUCCCGUAUGCGUUCAUUCCUACAUACCAUUCAUUCGAUUGCGAUUAAAUUUCAGUGAGUUGUGCAUAUGCCCGCAAAGAUUUUUGAGCUGGUAAAACCAAUGAGAAAAGAUGAUAAAACCAUCUUACCAAUUGAAACGUUACAAUAUUUGUAAAAAUUAAUAUUCUUUUGUCUCGUAUGCGUUUCACCUAUCUGCGGCCAAGCAAUCGUAUUUGAAAAACUAUUGAACGGAAUCGGUUAAAUUUCGCAAUACGAAGUUUUCGUCCAACAGACCUUACAUGCAAAAUUUGGUCCAGACCUGUUGAGCGGUUGUUGAAAUAUCACGCCGGCAACCGUGUUCAUAUCCUCGAAAAAAAAAUCUUCGUCGCAGCCCCGAGCUUGGGAUACUGAAAUAUUUCGAAUCGUUGCAUAGAUUUCUUCCAAAUUUGAUAGAGAGGUUUCCGCUAUCGUACUUUCGAAGCCUAUUGAUUUUUGUGGAAAUCCGUAAUCGCGUUGAUGAGAUUGAGGGAAAUUAUUGAUCAAGGAUACAUGUAUAAGUAUGGGCCAUUAUUUUGAAUUGCAAUAUCUCGAAAACGAGAAAUAGCACAUUCCUGAAACUUGACUCUAUCGCUUUAGAGAGUCAUGGGUAUGGUAUUUUUUUCAGAUUUUUAAAUGGUGUCGAUCAUCGUAAAAAUGACUCGCAAAUGCCGCGGCUGAGCGUCCACCAAGUAGCGACCAUGAAGAAUAAAUAGGGUAUUCUCCAUUGUUUGACGCGCGUCAUUACGCGCCUAGGCGGCGACGAGCUUGAAUUUAUGCGCGCCGCCAACUUUGAUGAUUUUUUACUCGAAAACGAAGCCGAGCGCAUGUCUGAAAUUAAUUCACAGGCUGUAGUAUAGUUCAAAGUAUAUGACAGCAUUUUUUUUUUAAUUUUUCGGUGC